AUGUUUCUAGUGCCAACACCACAUCCGUCACAACAUCACGUAUUGGUUAACAACUGCGCAUCGUUACCGCGUGCGCCCGAGCAGCUGUUGAAAAGUUCAAGUCCAGGAGCAAAAUUCGGCAAGCUCCUGAACGCCCCCGAUAGCCCUAUGGAACGCAGCGUCCACGAAUACUCGCAGUCAGGUUUGCCUUCGCCCUAUCCAAGCGUCUCCGGCGACAAUCACUCUGAAGCCUCCUCUGCAGAUCACGCGUCUGCUGCCCAGUACCCGAGUAACCAGGAGUCGCGUCCUGCCGCCUACUCUACCUCAGCCACGCCAACAUCAGAUUACGGUGCUUAUCCUCAUUCUGCGAGGUCAACCAGUUCUUUCCCAGAACAUAGUAUUCGCCAAUACCAUCCAGCCAGCAACCAUAACGGAGGCAGUGGAGGUAUGGCGCAACAAACAACAACAAGUCCGUCAAUGCCUUUGCAAGAUGGACGCAACCAUCAACCCCAGCAGGUCAAGUCUGACAGCGAUGUACCCAUAGAUCCAUCCAUCGCGGCACCUAGCCCUACGUACCCUCACGGCCAAUACUCGCCAUACGCGCCGCCGCCGCAAGACAUGGCGCACAGCUAUCCGCAAGGCGCACCCGCCGGGAUGUACGGCCAGCCUCGUCCCGACUGGGCCAACUACGCGCAUCAAGCAGGCCAGAUGCCACAUCAUCCCGUAUCCUAUUCGCACCCGCCCACUUCAGCUCCUCCCGGACGACCAACACAGUAUGGUGUGCAACAGGUUUAUUCCUUUGUACCAAUCCCAGGCGCGCAGCAACACAAGCGGCCUCGUCGACGAUACGAAGAGAUUGAGAGAAUGUAUAAGUGCGGAUGGAACGGCUGCGAGAAGGCUUAUGGCACACUAAACCAUCUCAAUGCCCACGUAACGAUGCAGAGCCACGGUCAAAAGCGAACACCUGAAGAAUUCAAGGAAAUUCGCAAAGAGUGGAAGGCUCGCAAAAAGGAGGAAGAGCAGCAACGCAAGGCUGCAGAAGAGCAGGAACGUCAACGGCACGUGCAGGCCGCGGCGCAAGCGCAAGCGCAGAACGGAGGGGCUGAUCCCCAAGGAACCGAAGCCGGACAGCCUCCAUCGUCGUACGCGAGUAGGCAAUUACCCCCGAUUGCGUAUGCACCUGGGCCGCAGUACCCGCCGUCGACAGGAACUGUACCGCAGCAACCGCUCACCCAAUACAGCAACGGCGGCCACAUGUAUGCCGAAAACUAUCAGCCCGGCCCACAAUAUGGAGGUCAGGGUGGGCAGAUGUACAACCGGGAAUAG